UGACAGUAUCUAUGUUGUAAUACUAGCAAUCUCCACUCCCGCCUGGAAAUUUCCAUGCCUGGAGCUAUUUUCCUGGAAUUAGAGGAAAGGGGAAUCCCUUCACUUGCUAAUUCCCACAGAAGAAUAGCAGCCCUUUGCUCAGCCCCACCCCCUCUACCCUCAAGUGGCCCCAAAUCCUCUCUGAAAGGGCUCAGUUCAAGUAUCAGCAUAGCUACCUGCAAGACUUGGGAUAGGGUAGAGUGUGGAAGGGUUAGAUUAAAUGUCCUGACUGUGGUAGGACCAAAUUACCCCACAUAUGAAUUAUCUAGGACGUAACUACCAUAGAUUGUCCCAUUUGAGGUUAGAUCAACCCCAGACAUGAACUAAGAUUCCUCAGAGCUCUUGGAUUAGUCACAGCAUUGAAGAGAAAACUUCACUGAGCUAUACCCUGGCAGGGAGUCUGGAGUUUCUGGUUUGGAAGCUCAGGAAGGCGUGUGGCAGGGGAGGGGCCUCCAGAUAGUGGGAGGGCUGGUGGCUGGGGUUGAGCCCUAGUCAGCUAUGCGGCAGGCAGGGCUUUGUAAGCCCCGACCUUCCAGAACGAAGAGGACAUCAGCAGUCUCCUGGAAUUCACCCAAAGAAACACUCCACUUUGGACACCUCAACUGCGACAGGCUGCAUUUGUCAUUCUGAGGCUGCCGCUCAUCCUACACCCCAAAGAUGGAGGUACUGCUAGGAGUGAAAAUUGGCUGCCUGCUUGCCCUUCUGGUUCUCACACUGGGCUGUGGCCUUGCUCCCAUCUACUUCAAAUGGUUCCAGAUAGAUGCAGCUACAGGCCAUCACUACAGAGUUCUCAGCCUCCUGGGCUGCGUCUCUGCCGGUGUCUUUCUGGGAGCAGGGUUGAUGCAUAUGACUGCUGAAGCUCUGGGGGAAAUUGAAUCAGAAAUUCAGAAAUUCAUGGUGCAGAAUAGUACAGGAAGUAAGGGAAACUCUUCUCAGGAUGCUGCUUCCAGCUACGUGGAGUAUCCCUAUGGAGAGCUCAUCAUCUCCCUGGGCUUUUUCUUUGUCUUCCUUCUGGAGUCGCUGGCAUUGCAGUACUGUCAUGGGGAUGCUGGAGAGUCAACAGUGCAGGAAGAGGAAUGGGGAGGGACUCAUGCCUUCGAAUUCCACAAGCACCCCCCUGUGCCCUCACGCCCACAGGGUCCCCUACGCACCCUCAUCCUUCUGCUGUCACUGUCCUUUCACUCCGUGUUCGAAGGUCUAGCUGUGGGACUGCAGUCAACAGUGGCAGCCACUGUACAGCUCUGUGUUGCUGUUCUGGCUCACAAGGGGCUUAUGGUGUUCAGUGUAGGCCUGCGGCUGCUGAAGAUUAGCACUGGGUCACGGUGGGCCACACUCUGCAUACUGUUAUUAGCACUCAUGUCUCCUGUGGGCCUAGCCCUAGGGCUGACUGUGGCUGGAGGUGCCUCAGGACCAGGGCAGGGAUUAGCCCAGGCUAUAUUAGAGGGAAUAUCAGCUGGCACAUUCCUGUAUGUCACCUUUCUAGAAAUUUUGCCACGGGAGCUGGCCUGUCCUGAGGCCCCUCUGGCCAAGUAUGGCUGUGUGGCUGCUGGUUUUGCCUUCAUGGCUCUUAUUGCCUUGUGGGCCUGAGCGAUUCCUCACUGCACUGAUGGACCUGUCUAGGAUGGCUGCUCCUGAGGACACCCCCUAAAUGACUUUGGCCCUCAGACAUUUUUUUUUUUUUUCAGUGAGACUAAGCAUUUACUGGGCACAGACUAUCCCAGAUUUUCUUGUUCAAGACUUAGAAAGGAUGUUUUAAGUGUCUGUUUAACUAGAAAAUUGGUAUCAAGACCAUCACUCCAGAAUUGCUAGUAUGUGUAAUAGAAUACCCAUUUGACCCUUUCCCUUCAACCACAUUGUAAUUUAUGUCUCUGAUGAGGAAAAGGGGGUGUGGCUGGAA